AUGUCGUUGGUAACAGAAGAAAUCAAAUCGAAAUCAGAGGUAUACCAUGGAGACCAAAUCUGCCAACAGAAAACCAAAGAGCUUCUUCGAGAAGUUACUCUCCCCAAUGGUCUCUUACCAUUGAAAGACAUCACUGAAGUUGGUUACAACGAAGAAACAGGUUUUGUUUGGUUGAAACAGAAGAAUAGCAUAACACACAAGUUUGAAAAGAUUGGAAAACUUGUUUCUUAUGCUACUGAAGUUACAGCUCAUGUUGAAAAAGGUAAGAUUAAGAAACUGAAUGGUGUUAAAACAAAAGAGCUUUUCAUUUGGAUUACACUUAGUGAUAUCUAUGUUGAUGAUCCACCUACUGGUAAAAUCACUUUCCAAACACCUGCUGGACUUUCUAGAACCUUCCCAGUUUCUGCUUUUGAAGUUGAAGAGAAAGCAAGUGAUGUGAAAGAGAUUAAGAAAGUCAAUGGAACUGUUGGUGGUGUUAAAGAGGUCUAG